GAAGCUACUUAUGUCUUCCUACGAGGGUUGCAUGGCGGUAUCAUUUUGGGAGGGUGUCGACAAGAGCAUAACUGGGAUGGCCAGGUCGAUCUCGACCUCGCAAGCGAUAUCAUAGAGAGAUGCUGUAAGCUCGCACCAGAACUUGGGCGUCCAGAGAAUCUCAAAAUCAUCCAUCAUGACGUUGGUCUGAGACCAUCUCGAAAAGACGGCGCCCGUACAGAAAAGAAGGGGAUCCACAAAAAGACCGUCAUUCACAAUUAUGGUGUGGGCGGGUUUGGAUAUUAG